AAAAAAGAACCAAUCGAAGUUGAAGGCAUUUUUGAAAGGUCAUUCGAUCUGCAGUUCUGGUUUUUUGAAAAUUCUUAGUACUACCAUGGAAUGCUUGCUUGGAAUUCAAGGAAAAGAUUUUGUGAUCUUAGCAGGAGACACAGUUUCCUCACGCAGUAUUAUGAAGAUGAAAUCUGAUCAGGAUAAGAUAUUCAAGAUCGGAAGCCGAAUGAUGAUGGCUGCGGUUGGGCAAGCUGGGGACACAGUGAUGUUCACAGAGUUGAUUGGAAAAAAUCUCCAGCUGUACAAAAUGAAAAACGGUUAUGAAAUGUCCCUUCACGCCGCAGUAAACUUCACAAGGAGAAUCCUGGCUGAAAUGCUGCGAUCUCAAAAGCCCAAGAUGGUAAACUUGCUGAUGGCUGGAGUGGAUGAGGGUGGGCCGGCCUUGUAUUUCAUCGACUACAUCGCGACUAUGGUCAAGCUUCCCUUCGCUGUUCAUGGCUACGGCGGCAUGUUCACGAUGUCUAUCUUGGACAAGUACUACAAACCUGGAAUGCAGAGAACAGAAGCAUUAAAUCUACUGAAGAUGUGCAUGAAUGAGAUUCAAACACGCUUCGUGAUCGACACGCCUCGCUUCAUGGUGAGGGUGGUCACGGCAAAAGGUGUGGAGGACCUGGGCCUUGUUGACCCUAAGGCCAAGGGAACCAUCUAGUGGACGCUGGGUGAGGACGACGAAGCUGUCAACGCUGAUUACGUCGUUUUUCUUUCAUUGACACCACAGGCUCUUCUUCGGCAUCCCGCUUCACACGCCAUCACUUCUUGAAAUUGUUAAACUGUUCUUUAAAAUAUUGAAUACAAUUUAUUCUGUUUUCGGACGAAUCCACGGAUUUCUAUGUAUGAAGGGAGUGCAGGGUUAGAGAGUGGUGCAGAGUGCAAACCAUUCUUUGUUUAUUUCAUAUUUUUUUGAGAUCAUUAUAUUUCGGCAACAUAAAACAUUGAGGGAAACUAAAUUUAGGAUCUGUAAAAAGGGAAUCACUUUUCAUGACAACGUUUGCGGUGCGUUUGAAACGUGGGAAGGUUGACUAAAAGACGAUAAUUAUAAAAUCUUUGGGAGGCAGGCAAAAAACACUGAUGAAGUUGACAAAUUGCAGCAAUUAGAAAUGUCAGUACGUAUUGAUUAAAUUGAAAACUUCAACGUGAAA